GCCAUUGUAGUUCAGUUGCAGAAUACCUGAGCCACUCAUCCAAAAAUGACUUUCUCUAGUGCUGAAAAGGCCGCCAUUGCCUCCCUCUGGGGUAAGGUGUCUGGCCAUGCCGAUGAAAUUGGAGCUGAGGCUUUGGAGAGGUUGUUUUUGAGCUUCCCUCAGACCAAGACCUACUUCAGCCAUUUUGACCUGAGCCAUGGCUCCAAGGAUCUCCGUACUCAUGGAGGAAAAGUCCUGAAGGCCAUUGGAAAUGCUGCCAGUCACUUGGAUGACAUUCCUCAUGCUCUGGCCGCCCUCAGUGACCUGCAUGCCUUCAAACUGAGAGUUGAUCCUGGAAACUUCAAUCUGCUGUCCCAUACCAUCCAGGUGACUCUGGCUAUCCACUUCCCUGCUGAAUUCAACUCUGAUGUACAAGCUGCCUGGGACAAGUUCCUCGAUUUUGUCUCCGCUGUUUUAGUUUCCAAGUACAGAUAAACAAAGAAAGGUCAAUGAUGAAAAUACAGUGUCUGGUGUUCCACACCCUUUCACCAGUGUCAUCAAUAAAGCUUUAAAUUCAUUUUAAA